CUGCAUUCAGGAAAAGCAGCUUAAUUUAACUAACAUUUUUUUCUAACAUUCGUGUGGUGCACAUUAUGUAACGCACCACGGUCUCUCGCUGUUAAUAUAAGAAGACAACUGUGUCCAGUUGACAGUAGUCGAAUCGCAGUCUCCGAAACAUUUGUGACAAUAACGCAAGUAGUUUACUGUAUUAUAUGCGCAGUAAUAUGCCAAGGAAAAUGGAAAACGAGCAAGGUGACGCGGUGGUGAUAUCGGGAAUUGCUGGCAGAUUUCCAAAGUCCAAUAAUUUAACGCAAUUUCGAGAAAAUCUUAUGAACAAGGUGGACCUUAUCACCGAUGAUGAUCGCCGUUGGAAUACAGAUCAUCCAGAUAUCCCGCGACGAGCUGGGAAGAUAAACAAUAUUGAAAAAUUUGAUGCUCGAUUCUUCGGCGUGCACUUUAAAGAAGCCCAUUCUAUGGAUCCUAUGGCGAGAAUGUUAUUGGAACAUACUUACGAAGCUAUUAUUGAUGCUGGCGUUCAUCCUGGGAAACUUCGUGGCACUAACACCGGAGUCUUCAUUGGUAGCUGCUACAGUGAUACAGAGAUAACAUGGGUCUACUCGGAUUCACCGGUAAAUGGGUUAGGUCUACUGGGUUGCAGUCGCUCCAUGAUGGCCAAUCGGAUCUCUCUUUGGUUUGGAUUUAAAGGACCUAGCUAUGCCGUAGACAGUGCGUGCAGUUCUAGUCUUUUCGCUUUAGACCAUGCGUAUAAAGCAAUUAGAACUGGACAAUGUGAUGCUGCGAUCGUUGGAGGAUGUCAUUUGUGUCUUCAUCCAUUUGUGACUCAACAGUAUUUUCUUCUUGGAACGCUUUCCCCUGAUGGAAGGUGCAAAGUAUUCGACGCUGAGGGAAACGGAUACUGUCGUAGUGAAGCGGUGUCCACGAUUUAUCUUCAGAAAUCGAAGGAUGCCAAACGUAUCUACGCGCAGGUUGUUCACGUAAAAACAAAUUGCGACGGUUACAAGGAAGAAGGCAUUACUUAUCCGUCGAUUAAAAUGCAACGUAUCUUAUUGGAACAAUGUUACGAAGAGUGCAAAGUUUCGCCAUCUGAUCUGGCUUUCUUAGAGGCACAUGGUACUGGAACCAAAGUAGGUGAUCCUGUGGAAGUUAGUGCAGUAGAGAAGGUAUUCUGCCCAGGACGAAACACCCCGCUUAGAAUUGGCUCAGUUAAAUCAAACUUGGGCCAUUCAGAACCAGACAGUGGUCUUUGUUCCAUCGCUAAGGUUAUAAUUGCAAUGGAGAGUGGAAUCAUUCCACCAAAUAUACAUUAUAAUCGUCCUCGUGAAGAUAUCAAAGCUUUAACAACUGGUCGCAUCCAAGUAAUUACCGAACCAACGCCAUGGAACGGUGGUUACGUUGGUGUAAGCUCUUUUGGUUUUGGAGGUUGUAACGCCCACGUUUUGCUGAAAUCAAAUCCGAAAGAGAAGGUCAAUAAUGGUGUACCUAAUGACGACAUGCCGAGACUCGUUGUCGUAUCUGGAUGCACCGAGGAAGCUGUUACAACUUUGUUGGACGACCUUGGAAUCAGACCAGUGGACGUGGAGUACGUUAACCUAUUUCAUAAUAUAUUCACUGAAGAGAUUCCAGGACAUUUUUACCGUGGAUAUACCGUAUUGCCACCACGAGGUAUAUCGGAAAACAUCAAACGAAGUGUGCAGUAUUACUCAAGUGAGAAACGGCCGAUAUGGUUUGUAUUCUCUGGAAUGGGAUCUCAGUGGGUUGGGAUCGGUGAAAAUUUGCUGAUGAUCCCAGCAUUUGCCAAGACAGUUCGAAAGUGUGACAAAGUUCUCAAACCUCAUGGUGUGGACAUUGUCAAUAUUUUGACUAACAAGGAUCCGAAAUCAUUCGAUAACAUUAUCAGGUCACGUGUUGGUAUUACUACAAUACAGAUUGGCUUCGUAGACGUAUUGUCAUCUAUCGGUAUCGUACCAGACAAAGUUACUGGAUAUCUGUUUGGAGAGUUAGGCUGCGCCUACGCUGAUGGCUGCUUGACCGCGGAACAGGCGGUCUUAGCAGCAUAUUUUGAAGGUUUAAUUAUGGCGGAAAAUUAUACGGUUUACGGAACCACGGCAGUUGUAUGGAUUGAUACCGUGAAAUUGUCGAGCUUGUGUCCACCUGAUAUAAACAUAGUUUGCCGUAAUGGUCCUGAAAGCUCAAUAAUUAGCGGGCCAGAGGACUCUAUGAGAAAAUUUGCAGAAAAAUUACAGGCUGGGAAUAUCUUGGUUGGAAACCUACUUCGCAGCAAUAUUUUCUCUCAAAGCUGUACUACGGAAAGAGCAGGCCUGCAAUUGUUAGAUUAUGUUCAAAAAGUAAUUCCAGACCCGAAACCUCGCAGGCAGAAAUGGUUGUCUGCCCCUGAUGCAAAUAGAAAAUCAAAAAGUACUUCAGUUUGGCAUUUCACAGACAUAUACCAUACAAGCAAACUUCUCGAGCCCGCUACCGUUGAAGAUGUAUCCUGUUUCUUGCCGAACAAUGCAAUCACCAUUGAAAUAGCACCGGUUAAUUUUCUGGAAGCCUCUUUGCGAGAUUGUGGGAAUCAGCUUGUUACCAACAUUAGUUUACUUAAAUACGAAAAUGGUAUCGACGUGGAAGAUUUUCUUAGCGCUAUCGGAAGAAUGUAUGAAAUCGGAUUAUCUCCUCAGUUAUCCAAUUUGUACCCCACUAUUCAGUAUCCAGUCAGUCGAGGAACUCCGAUGAUUUCUCCAUUGAUACGUUGGGAGCACUCAGAAGACUGGUAUGUCGCUCGUGUGCCGAAAGAAGAAAAACUUAAAACAGGACGAAGAGUUAUUGACAUCGACUUCGGCAGUGAGGAAUUUGGAUGGCUGUUAGGGCACGUCGUUGAUGGAAGACACUUGAUACCAGGAACUGGCUACUUAAUAUUAAUUUGGCAAACUCUGGCGAUGAUGGAAGCAAAGAAAUACACGGAAAUCUCGGUAGUUUUUGAAAAUGUGAAGUUCCACCGAGCGACUACGAUUUCAAAAGAACAUGGCGUUAAGCUGGAAAUCAUGAUCCAAAGAGGAUCGAACGCGUUUGAAGUUACCGAAGGUGGUACUACCGUCACAACUGGAUUCAUUCGUGUCGUUCCACACCCGGCUCAAGAACGCAUCAAGACUAAUUUGUUACCCAAUAUCGCAGAGGAACUAUGUCUAACGAGCAAAGAUAUUUACAAGGAGUUUAACCUUAGAGGUUACGAGCAAACAGGAUUGUUCCAGGGCUUAAAAGAAGCAUCUCUGGGAGGAACCAAAGGCCGUAUAACGUGGGCGAAUAAUUGGGUAGCUUUUCUGGAUAACAUGAUGCAAGUAAAAUUUAUUGGAGUCAACAACCGGAGAUUCGUUCUUCCAAUCAGCAUUCGGAAAUUAGUGAUUGAUUGUAAAACACAUUUACGUCACCUUGAUACAAUGCCGGAUGCUAAUAAAGAAUUCUUGGUGCAUUACUACAAGGAUUUGGACGCUAUUGUGUCUGGUGGAAUUGAAAUGCGCGGCAUAGGAUCCACCAGCAUACCUCGCAGAAAACCAGUUGGGGACCCCGUUAUAGAAGAACAUACGUUUAUAGCGUACCGCGAUGGAGCCAAGAUGGAACUGACAGUUUUAAUAAAAAUUGCUCUGCAAAUAGCAAUUGAAAACAACUUCAAUAACAAAGUGAAAACAGUUGAACUGAUAAAUAAUGUGGAUAAUAUAUCCCAUGGGGACUUAACAUCUCCUGUGAUUCAAGAAGUUUUACGCGAUAUGCCCUUUAUACAAAUGGAUUUAAAUAUCAUUACGCCCCUCAAUAAAUUUUCGGAUGACGCCUCACUCUCCGGUAUUAAAAUCAUCGAGUCACAGAAAUUAUCAACUGAAUUCGAUGCUCUUUUAAUUAUCAUCAAUGGACUGUUCACAAGCAACAGAGCCGAAAUGGUGGAAAAAAUACAAACAGCCACGAGACCUGGAGGCUUCAUUCUGGUUAGAGAGCCACUGAAAACAAACGUUGAUAGUAUUCGAAAUACAAUGAGCAAAAUCACUGACGUCAUUCUCGACAAACGCACCUCUGACGAACUUGUAAUUUUGUUCCGUAAAAGAGUACAAACAUUUGAAUUAACUACCGUUAUCAAGAUCAGGAAUGAUGAAUUCACAUGGCUCACUACGCUGCAGGCUGCUCUGAAGGUAGCAAGCGAAACGAAACAACGUACCCAAAAGCAAAUACUUAUUUUAAGCGAAGGCGAUUUUGAGAGUGGUCUCAUGGGAUUGCUAACUUGUCUGCUAAGAGAACCUGGUGGUGAAGUUAUAAGAGGGCUAUUGAUCCAGGAUCUGCGGGCUCCCAAAUUCUCUUUGGAUAAUCCAUUGUACUCACAGCAACUGAAAUUGGGGUUGACAUUCAACGUUCUACGCCCUGGAAACCUGUGGGGAUCUUAUCGGUUUCUGUCGCUGAAACCAUUGGCGUUGAAACCCGUUUACCAUGCUGAAGUAAGCCAACAUACACAUGGUAAUUUGAGCACAAUUAAAUGGAUUGAAGGUAGAAUUCAACCCAAUGCACAACACAGGGACAUCGUCAAGAUACAUUAUUCGUCGAUAAACUUCCGUGACCUUAUGCUGGUUACCGGAAAAUUAGCCGUCGAAGUGGCCGAAAAAACGAGACAAUCGCAAGAAUCCGCAAUUGGAUUUGAAUUCUCCGGACGAGAUUUAAACGGUCGCGCGGUUAUGGGAAUGAUCGAGACUGGGGCUAUGUCAAAUUUGUGUGUCUGUGACCGGGAUCUUCUUUGGUCGGUACCGGAUAGCUGGACGUUAGAAGACGCAGCUACGGUGCCUGUUGUUUAUGGAACGGCCUAUUACGCGCUCAUGUUGAGUGGUAAGAUGAAGAAAGGAGACAAAGUGUUGAUACACGCCGGAACCGGUGGCGUUGGACAGGCAGCGAUAACUUUAGCGCUUCAUGAAGGCUGCGAAGUCUUCACAACCGUGGGCACACCAGAAAAACGAGUGUUCAUCAGAAAACAAUUCCCACAAAUCGACGACGAUCACGUUGGAAAUUCUCGAGAUACAAGUUUCGAGCAACUGAUUCUUCGUAAAACUCGUGGACGAGGCGUGGACAUUGUAUUAAAUUCCUUGGCUGAGGAAAAGUUACAAGCAUCUGUUCGUUGCUUGGCACCGGGCGGACGAUUUUUGGAGAUUGGAAAAUUUGACCUUGCAGCAAACAAUCCCCUUGGCAUGGAAGCUUUUCUAAAGGGCAUCAGUUUUCAUGGAAUUCUUCUGGAUAAAAUAUUCACUGCCUCCUCUGAAACGAAAAAGAAACUGGUGGCAAUGGUUGAUGACGGAAUCAAAACUGGUGCCGUUAAGCCGCUUGUUCGUACUGUAUUUCUGAUGGACCAAAUUGAAGCAGCAUUUCGGUACAUGUCAGCUGGAAAAUACAUUGGCAAGGUAAUUGUCAAAACUGGUGAUGAUGAUGGAACACGUCUUCCUCUUGCACUUCCCCGAUACAACUGUUCCGAAAAUGGCAGCUAUCUUAUUCUUGGUGGCCUUGGUUGCUUUGGUCUAGAGCUUGCAGAUUGGCUCGUACUUCGUGGAGCCAAAAAAUUAGUCCUCACGUCCCGAAAAGGAAUCGGUACUGGGUAUCAACGAAUGCGCUUUCACAUUUGGAAAAACUACGGAGUCAAAAUUGUCGUUGUAGUAGGAAAGGAUGCCUCAAUUCCCGAGGAUUGUGAGGCCAUCUUAAAAAAAGCGACAGCACUUGGACCAGUUCACGCUAUCUUCAACUUGGCUGUAGUAUUGAAGGAUGCUCUUUUCGAAAAUCAAACGGUGGAGUCAUUCAAGGAACCUUUCGUAGCUAAAGCUAGGGCCACAGAGCAGUUGGAUAAAUUAUCAAGGACGUUAUGCCCGCAACUGAAACAAUUUGUAGUGUUUUCAUCGGUUUCUUGUGGCAGAGGUACUGCAGGACAAACGAACUACGCAAUGGCCAAUUCGAUCAUGGAAAGAAUAUGCGAGAGAAGAUCAGCAGAGAACUUACCAGGAUUAGCCAUUCAAUGGGGAGCGAUCGGUGACGUCGGAAUAGCCGCAGAAAUGGGUGAAAAUUAUAAAGAAUUAGUUACUGGCGGUACUCUACCACAGAGAAUUGAUUCUUGUCUGCAAGAGCUUGACGGCUUCUUACAACAAAAAAGCCCAAUAGUAUCCAGUAUGGUGGUUGCUAAGAAAACGGCUCUUACUAACGGAGCUGAACAUAUUGUCGAUGCGAUCGCAAAUAUAAUGGGACUCAAGAACAUGAAUAGCAUGUGUGUACAUACACCAUUGCCAGAACUAGGAAUGGACUCUAUAAUGGCAGUUGAAAUCAAAUAUACUUUGGAGCAUGAAUUCAAUAUUUUCUUGACCACAUCGGAAAUCCGUCAUCUGAAUUUUGCGAAACUCCAAGAUAUGUCUCAGCGAGACAGCAAAAAAUAUGGAAAUCGGAAAAAGUCACCGCAGCAACUAGACGAUUCUGCCAGCAUAUUCCAACUCCUUAAUAUUUUAACAGUUGAGGGGAUGUCGAAAAAUGUUUGUGUGCCUCUGAUGACUACAGCUGAGGAUGCGAGACAAGUCUUCAUAUUACCAGGAAUCGAAGGUGCAUGUACGAUAUUUAAGGCAAUAGCUGGCAAACUGAAAUCGGCAAACACCGCCUGUUUACAAUACGGACCAUUUUCCCUGAACACAACAUCGAUAGAUGAGAUGGCCGACUAUUUGAUUCCCUAUAUCAAAGCACGAAGCAUGGACCGCAAGAAGUUUUUAUUAGUUGGGUAUUCCUAUGGAAGUAUAGUGUCUAUCGAGCUUGCAAGACGUUUGGAAAAUGAGGGUUUCACUGGUCGCCUUGUGAUGCUCGACGGCUCACCUGACUACGUCAAAACAUUCUUGUCAUCCUUGACGACAAAGUCUGAAGACGAGCUGCAAACUUUCGUGUUUUUGAAGAUUAUGGAUGCGGUGGCAUCAUUCGCAGUUUCAAAGCUUACCACUGAGUUAUUUAGCUGCCGUGACUGGGAGGAGAAAAUAGCAGCGUUCACAAGAAAUAUGCCAAAAAAUAAUUUAUUGAAUUUUACACCGGAGGAUCAAAACACCUUGUGCUUAGGUAUUUAUCGUCGCAUAAAGGCCCUCCUGGACUAUGACUGUUCAAACCUACUACCAAUCAAGUCUCCAGUAACCUUAGUCAGAACUAGAGCUUCAAGCAUUUUGUUCGAUACAGAAGACUAUGGUCUGAAACGCCUUACGCAAAAUAAGAUGAAAAUAUACUAUGCGGAAGGAGAUCACAUCACGAUGCUGAAUGACGAUAUUUGUGCGGCGGCAAUUAACGAGGAACUCGCCCUAAAUGUUAUACCUGGUUCAAAGUGAGGGGUAUAAAAAACUGCGUAUAUCUCGAAAACCAUCUCUACAUAACAGCACGACAUGUAACUUUGCGCACUAUGAAAAAGUCAGGAUAAUUUAAUCGAAUAAAAGAGUUUAUCUAAGUCUAA